CAUUGACGCAGGUAGCUGAACAGGCUAGGACCAGAACGAAAGGCAUUUUCGCCGCUCAGACUUUCUUGUCUCUCUCGCAACACAAUAAUGUCGUCUGGAUUUGGAAGCAGAGGCGGUUUCAGCGGAAGAAGUAGAAGUGGAGGCAGUGGAAACUCUGUUGACAUGUUUGUUCCUGCUGGGGACUGCGGCAAGAUAAUCGGCCGUGGAGGCAGUAAAAUUCGAGAACUUCAAGAAAGCUCUGGUGCCAGAAUCAAGGUUUCGCGAGAUGACGAGGGUGAUGGAACUCGCCGAGUGGAAUUGAGUGGUUCUGAAAGUGCUGUUGCUGAGGCAGAGCGACUUAUCAAUGAUAUCCUUGAAAAUGGUGAUGAGCGUGCACCUCGACAGCAGCAGUCCUAUGGCAAUGGUGGCGGUAGCGGAGGAAGCCGUGAGGUGAUUCAGAUUGACUCCAGCUACGUUGGCAGGCUUAUUGGUAAAGGUGGCUCUAAGGUGCGAGAACUUCAGGAUGAGAGCGGUUGCCGAAUCAACGUUUCUCGUGAUGGCGGCAGCUGUGGGCGGACCGAUGUGGAACUCAUCGGAAGUCGGUCAGCUAUCGAUCGCGCCAAGUAUGCCAUUGACAGCAUUACCAGCCAGAUCUACUAGCUUGACUGCAACUGAUAACUGAUCCUUAUAGAAUUGGGUUCAGAUUUCUUCGUAUUUUCGCCAAUUAAUCAACUUUAUUGUUGCAUCUUAAACCCUGUCCAAUGUUUGAGCUGACACCUGGAAUCUGCAGAUCAAGACCUUAUUUUGACACAGUCGAUCUUCUAGCCUUAUUGGCUAGCUUGAAUAUUUUGCCAGUCUUCCCAAGCGAAAAAGAAAAAAGACCCUUUUGGUAGCGACAAAACUGUGAGCAUUAUUUUGUAUGCUUAACAUGAGGUAUAGAAUCAUGUCUUUGUAAACUAGCUUUUAUUGUUGGGAAGGACUGUUUUCUUCGGGGGUAAGAUUUAGUCUCUCAUUCUGUACAUCAGAUAAUAUAGCCAUGGAUUUGUCACAGGAUUUAAUGAUAAGCAUUGUGAGUUUUUCGGAUACCAAGAACGAUGUCUUCUGAUAAGUACUUGUACGUGGGUAAGUUUGCUUGCAAAUGUGGUAGUUGGGUUUCUUGCUGUUUGUGUUCCGAAUGUGUGUUUGCCGGUGUCACUAUCUUCAGAUUUCUUCUGCUUGUUGCCUUACGUCACAAUCUUCCUCUUGGCUCUCGGUGCAUGUGUUCUUGCCCUUUCCAACUUGGAUGUGCGGUAACAGAUGCCCUGACACAGGUCCCUAUAAAAUUGCUCUAGUGCAAUAUCCUUGGGUUCAGAAGCAGAAAAAUGGAUUGGACCAACAAAUGCGGACCUACAAACCUGCCUUGAUUCUUCGCUACAAACAGGAGUGCCCAGUUUUCCCAAGCUGCUUGUGAGAAAAUCUAGACAGUGUUAAAGCAAUGGGACAAUUGUGGUGGUUGUGCUGGUCAUUGUGUGUACGAAUAUGCGUGUUCUAUAUACCUGUAGACUGAUGGCUAUUUUAUAACAAAUUUUUUUUUAUUAUUUUGGGCAAGUCGGAGGACUGUUUCACCUGCCACCAGUAUCUGGCUGAAUAUCUGAACAUCCUUGAUGGUUGGUUUGGACUCUUACAAGUUUUCAGCAAUUUGCACAUGGCUCUCCUAGUGCUGUCACAGCCUAUAUGCAUUCUUUUCACUUAACCCAUAACUUGUCACUCCCAAAUCGUGUAUUUUUGCUCAAUCCAUUAGCACUGGGUAGAAUGUCUAUUGAAGGAAACCAUCUUUUCAUUAGGGCUGAAAGACCCCUUAUCGAAACUUCCAAGGCUUUUAAUUUUUAUUUAAGGUGUACUUCAUAUUGUUUUUGGAAGUAUGUGAAACCCGGAUAUUGCAUUUUGCUUUCUGUUGUUGCGUCAUAUUCGCCAUACGGAUACAGGUAAAAACCUGUACUGUGCAUCUGAUUUUGUAUGUGCAUGUUUGUAUACCUCCAGUGUGAACAUGGCUUCAUAGUGAAAUGCCAGUUGGAAGUACAUUUCACUAAGGUUAAAUCGACGUUCCUUCACCUGGUCACAGAAAAGGUUUCGUUUAUGGAUCCAAGUUAACCUGUGCGGAAAUAAUCUGCCAUAUACUAAGCAGGUGUAGAUUUGUGCAUCAGGUAUCUUUUCUAGCCGUCCUGUAUACACUUGUCUCCUGGCUAAAAUCAUGAGCACUCGCAGUGGAUGCUGACAUGCAAAUAAUUAUAACUUUUUUUUUAAAGCUUUCCCCGACAUUUGUGUGUAAAGACGAGUGCAUGCUGCGGGUGUAUUUGAAUGAAGGAUUUUGUUUUAGCACAACUUUGAUUAUUGUAAUUCUGUUGCACACUUUAUUAGAAGUUCUGUCGUGCCUCGCAUGGAGCAAAACAUUAAAGAUUUUCCUUGGCAUGAGCAUAUAAGACACAAAGACUGCUUACAGAUUUUACAGUGUAAAAGCCGUACUGUUUUCAGAAACGAUUUAUGUUAAUGUUGUGUGUACCACAUGGGUGCCCGAGGAGGAACUAUUCGAAGUCAGGAACUUAACACUCCCAGUCUUGUAAUUUCUUCGACUGCUUUAUUUGCAGUUACAUAUUCCAGAGGUGAAUAAACAUGCAGUUUCUCAUGUACCUUGUGCUUAAAUGUGAGAGAGACUGGCUUUAUAUAGCAGGUGUGUACAGGUUGAUUUGCAGGUGCUCAGGAAAACUGUGCUGUGUACUGUAAACACCAACUGUAAUUUUAAUACAGAUUUGGUCAUGG